CCCACGGGGCAGCGGGGCCCGCAGAUGUGGGUGUGAGAGGGAGCAGGUCCGGGCGCGGGUCUGCGCGGCCGCGCGGCGCCAUGUCGGCCAAGGUGCGGCUGAAGCGGCUGGAGCAGCUGGUGCUGGACGGGCCGCAGCGGCACGACGCGGCGCUCAGCGUGGAGGCGCUGCUCGAUCUGCUGCUCGGCGUGUGCGGGGAGUGCGGCCGCGACGCGCCGCUGCGCCGGGACCGCUACGUCUCCGACUUCCUCGAGUGGGCAAGACCAUUUACACAGCUGGUGAAGGAAAUGCAACUUCAUCGGGAUGACUUCGAAAUUAUAAAAGUAAUUGGAAGAGGUGCUUUUGGUGAGGUUGCAGUUGUUAAAAUGAAGUGCACAGAGCGCAUUUAUGCCAUGAAAAUUCUCAAUAAAUGGGAAAUGCUUAAAAGAGCAGAGACAGCUUGUUUCCGAGAAGAGAGAAAUGUUUUGGUGAAUGGAGACUGUCAGUGGAUUACUACAUUGCACUAUGCCUUUCAAGAUGAGAACUAUCUGUACUUAGUAAUGGACUACUAUGUGGGUGGUGAUUUGCUGACACUUCUCAGUAAGUUUGAAGACAGACUUCCAGAAGAUAUGGCCAGGUUCUACAUUGGUGAAAUGGUGCUUGCUAUACAUUCCAUACAUGAGCUACAUUAUGUGCACAGGGACAUAAAGCCUGACAAUGUUCUUUUGGACAUGAAUGGUCAUAUACGGCUGGCAGACUUUGGAUCCUGUUUGAAGAUGAGUGAAGAUGGCACUGUACAGUCUUCAGUGGCAGUGGGUACACCUGACUACAUCUCCCCAGAGAUAUUGCAAGCGAUGGAGGAUGGGAUGGGCAAAUAUGGACCAGAAUGUGACUGGUGGUCUCUAGGUGUCUGCAUGUAUGAAAUGCUGUAUGGAGAAACUCCCUUUUAUGCUGAAUCCUUAGUGGAAACCUAUGGGAAGAUUAUGAAUCAUGAAGAACGAUUUCAGUUUCCAUCCCAUGUUACAGAUGUGUCCGAAGAAGCAAAAGACCUUAUUCAGCGGCUUAUCUGCAGUCGGGAACGUAGACUAGGACAAAAUGGAAUUGAGGAUUUCAAGUCUCAUGCAUUUUUUGAGGGACUCAAUUGGGAUAAUAUCCGGAACCUAGAAGCACCUUAUAUUCCAGAAGUUAGCAGUCCUUCUGACACCUCCAACUUUGAUGUAGAUGAUGAUGUGUUAAGGAAUCCAGAAGUGGUGCCACCAACUUCUCAUACUGGGUUCUCUGGAUUACAUUUACCCUUUGUGGGGUUUACAUACACAACUGACAGCUGUUUAUCUGACAGAGGCUCAUUAAGAAGUGUAAUGCAGUCCAAUGCAGUGACCAAAGAUAAAGAUGUGCAACGCGACUUGGAGAACAGCUCGCAAAUAGAAGCUUAUGAAAAGAGGAUACGAAAACUGGAGCAAGAGAAACAGGAUUUGAACAGAAAACUGCAAGAAUCUACACAAACUGUGCAGUCCCUUCAUACUCCAGCUCGUGUUACAGUACAUGCAAACUGUGAUAAAGAAAUCAAAAAGUUAAAUGAAGAAAUCGAGCGCUUGAAGAACAAAAUAGCAGAUUCCAGUAAGUUAGAACGACACCUUGCAGAUGCAGUGGUACUUCGCCAAGAACAUGAAGACUCCAUACACAGAGUAAAAGGACUUGAAAAGCAGUGCAGAAUACAAAAACAGGAGAAGGAGGACCUUCAUAAGCAACUUGUGGAAGCUUCAGAAAGAUUAAAGGCACAAUCAAAAGAGUUGAAGGAUGCUCAUCAGCAAAGAAAGCUAGCCAUGCAGGAGUUCUCAGAGCUCAAUGAAAGGAUGGUAGACUUGCGCUCUCAGAAACAGAAGGUCUCCCGACAGCUUCGUGAUAAAGAGGAAGAGGUGGAAGUGAUCAUGCAGAAAAUUGAUUCUAUGCGACAGGAAAUUCGUAAAUCUGAGAAAGCCAGAAAAGAGCUGGAAGCUCAACUUGAAGAAGUUGUAGCAGAAGCAUCAAAAGAACGCAAGCUCCGUGAGCACAGUGAGCUCUUCUCCAAGCAGCUGGAAAAUGAGCUUGAAACAUUAAAGGUGAAGCAAGGAGGCCGGGCAGCAGGAGCCACAUUAGAACACCAACAAGAGCUUUCUAAAAUGAAGUCGGAGCUUGAGAAGAAAAUCUUAUUUUAUGAAGAGGAGCUAGUCAGGAGAGAGGCAUCUCAUGUCUUAGAAGUAAAAAACGUGAAAAAGGAAGUGCAUGAUUCAGAGAGCCAUCAGCUAGCUCUUCAGAAAGAGAUCAUGAUGUUAAAAGAUAAAUUGGAGAAAGCAAAGCGAGAGAGGCACAGUGAGAUGGAGGAGGCUGUAGGAACAAUAAAAGAGAAAUAUGACCGGGAAAGAGGCAUGCUCUUAGAAGAUAACAAAAAGCUGACAACUGAAAAUGAAAGGCUUUGUUCCUUUGUGGAUAAAUUAACAGCACAAAACAGGCAGCUAGAAGAUGAGCUCCAAGACCUAGCAGCGAAGAAAGAGUCGGUUGCCCACUGGGAAGCUCAGAUUGCAGAAAUUAUUCAGUGGGUAAGUGAUGAGAAGGAUGCCCGUGGAUACCUUCAGGCAUUGGCUUCCAAGAUGACAGAAGAACUAGAAUCUCUGCGAAGCUCCAGUCUGGGAUCAAGAACAUUAGAUCCACUUUGGAAAGUGCGGCGCAGCCAGAAGCUGGAUAUGUCAGCCAGGCUGGAAUUGCAGUCUGCUCUUGAUGCAGAAAUACGUGCCAAACAACUAGUUCAAGAAGAGCUACGAAAGGUUAAAGAUACAAACAUAUCCUUUGAAAGUAAAUUAAAGGAAUCUGAAAAAAUAAAUCGGGAGCUGUUUGAAGAGAUGGAAGUCUUGAAGAAAAAACUGGAAGAAAAAUACAGAACAGAUGCAGGUCUCAAACUUCCUGAUUUCCAAGAUUCAAUAUUUGAAUAUUUCAACACCUCACCCCUUCCACGUGAUCUGACUUUUAGAACGAGUUCUGUUAGUGAGCAAGAAACACAAGGUCCCAAACCAGAAGUCUCACCAUCUACUUCUGUCAUGACUGCUGAGCAGCAACAAGAAGAAUCAAUUCGGCUUCAGAGGAUGCCUGCUGCUCCCUCCCCCACCAUUCAGUCCAUUUCUCUAGCUGUACCAAAGCCUAAAGCUCACCAACUCAGCAUCAAGUCCUUCACGAGCCCUACUCAGUGCAGUCACUGCACAUCUCUUAUGGUGGGAUUAGUUCGACAAGGCUAUGCCUGUGACGUGUGUUCCUUCGCAUGCCAUGUUUCUUGCAAGGACAGUGCACCUCAAGUCUGUCCUAUACCGCCUGAACAAGCCAAAAGGCCUCUUGGAGUAGAUGUGCAAAGAGGGAUAGGAACUGCCUAUAAAGGUUAUGUCAAGGUUCCAAAGCCUACUGGAGUUAAGAAAGGGUGGCAGAGGGCCUAUGCAGUCGUGUGCGACUGCAAACUCUUUCUGUAUGAUGUGCCUGAAGGAAAAUCCACCCAGCCUGGAGUUGUUGCAAGUCAAGUGUUGGAUCUCAGAGAUGAAGAUUUUUGUGUGAGCUCUGUCUUGGCAUCAGACGUAAUACAUGCCACCCGUAAAGACAUCCCUUGUAUAUUCAGGGUGACGGCUUCUCUCUUGGGCUCACCUUCAAAGACCUGUUCUUUACUGAUCCUGACAGAAAAUGAGAAUGAAAAGAGAAAAUGGGUAGGAAUCCUGGAAGGGCUGCAAUCUAUCCUGCACAAAAACAGACUUAAAAACCAAGUUGUACAUAUUCCACAAGAAGCCUAUGACAGUACUCUGCCACUCAUUAAAACAAGCUUAGCUGCUGCUAUUUUAGAUCGAGACAGAAUAGCAAUUGGUUCUGAAGAAGGACUGUAUGUGAUAGAGGUUACCCGUGAUGUGAUAGUCCGAGCUGCUGACUGUAAGAAGGUGUACCAGAUAGAGCUUGUGCCCAAAGAGAAAAUUAUUGUCCUCGUCUGUGGUCGGAACCAUCACGUUCACUUAUACCCCUGGGCCUCCCUGGAUGGAUCAGAAGGCAACUUUGAUAUCAAACUUCCGGAAACUAAAGGCUGCCAAUUUAUUACAACUGGAACACUGAAGAAAAGUUCUUCUGUUUGCUUGUUUGUGGCAGUCAAACGACAGGUUCUUUGCUAUGAAACUCACAGAACUAAACCUUUCCACAAAAAAUUCAGUGAAAUUCAGGCUCCAGGAACCGUACAGUGGAUGUCAGUGUUCAAGGACAAGCUCUGUGUUGGCUACCAGUCUGGGUUCUCUCUGUUGAACAUCCAGGGAGACGGACAGUCUAUAAACCUGGUAAAUCCUAAUGACCCCUCGCUUAUGUUCCUCUCACAGCAGUCUUUUGAUGCCCUUUGUGCUGUGGAACUCAGUAAUGAGGAAUACCUGCUUUGCUUCAGCCAUAUAGGAUUGUACGUCGAUUCACAAGGUCGAAGGUCACGCAUGCAGGAACUAAUGUGGCCUGCAACUCCUGUUGCCUGUAGUUGCAAUUCUUCAUACAUAACAGUGUAUAGUGAAUACGGCGUUGAUGUCUUCGAUGUUAACACUAUGGAGUGGGUUCAGACUAUUGGCCUUAGAAGAAUCAGACCACUAAAUGUGGAGGGAACACUGAAUCUCCUGAACUGUGAGCCACCGCGACUAAUAUAUUUCAAGAAUAAGUUCUCAGCAGGAGCAGUCCUCAGUGUGCCAGAAACUUCUGAUAACAGCAAAAAGCAAAUGCUUCGAACUAGAAGUAAAAGGAGAUUUGUCUUUAAGGUUCCUGAAGAAGAGAGACUGCAACAAAGGCGAGAAAUGCUUAGAGAUCCUGAGUUAAGGUCAAAAAUGAUUUCCAACCCGACCAAUUUCAACCAUGUGGCUCAUAUGGGACCAGGAGAUGGAAUGCAAGUUCUCAUGGAUCUCCCUCUGAGCGUCUUACCUCCUGCGCAAGAUGAGAAAGCAUGUCCCCCUGCAGCUAACCUCUCACGGCAGCAGCAGAAAAGCAAAACCUACAUUUCAUGGCCCUCAUCAGGUGGCAGUGAUGUGGGAGGAGCCAUGCCUUUGCGCAGUAUGUCUGAUCCUGACCAGGAGUUUGACAAAGAGCCUGAUUCAGACUCCACCAAACACUCUACUCCCUCUAACAGCUCAAACCCAAGCGGUCCCCCAAGUCCCAAUUCUCCGCAUAGGAAUCAGCUGACACUAGAUGGAUUGGAUCAGUCAACCUGUGACGCGUAACACUACAACUCCCACCAGUUCUGACUUUGAUCAUCUGCUACUCCACGGAGUAUUCCAGAGCCGGGGCCAAGCUGUCUCAGAUGCUAGUGCCAAGGCUGAUGCUGAAUCUCUAGUGUUGCACAAGAAAUAAUUAUUAUAUGUCCAGAUUGUAGAUACAAAAUAUUGAAAUGAAGAAAAACCCUUUACUACAAUAGAGAUCAGGCUUUUUAUGCAGAAUUGUUCACUGUUCAGUCAUGGUUGAUUCCUUUCUGCACAGCUAUGAUACAGUUACUUUGCAUAGAAGCAUUGACAGCCACCAGUAAAUAGUCUUAUUCUUAUGCUGAAAAAGAAAUAGAGAAGAGAUGCUGAUAGUGUUGUUAUUAAGCAGUAUCAGGAAUAUUAUUUUUCUAUAGAAUGAUGUAAUGUCUCAUUAGCAGGAAAUCCUUUUAGACAAAUUUGGAUCUCUGAAUAGGAAAUACAAGCAGGUUUAGUUGCAUCCUCAGAUAAAUAUACUUCUCCCCUUUUCCCAUAACUGUUUGUUCCCUAAGCCUUUAGGAGAAUGGUAGGAAGCUGUAGGUUGUUUCCAACAUCAGUAAAACCAUUAGGAAGUCAAAGGAAAGUUGGUUAUAGUAUUGUGGCCUUUUAAUUCAUUUAGCCAUUACAUAUUCAGCUACACAACUGUCUUUCUAUCUUUCUACCCACUUUUAAGUCUUGUACAUAGGACUGUAACCAAUAACAUUUUGCCCUUACCCCACUUUUUAGCCCCUGCCCCAGUCAUGAUCAUUAGUCAGGGCUUUUAAAACAUCAGUGAUUACUGCUGUGAAAACAGAUUUUACUCCUAGUUCCUGCUCUCCUCUUCUGAGAAGUUUUCUCUUGGUUUUUCAGUGUAAAGAUACACUACUUUUUUUUCCCUUUUUUUUUUAGCUAGCAAGCAUUCUUGUGGGAACACUACCCUUGAAGUCUGCUUGAAUUAAGGGACUGUAUCAUACUAAAACACCAGUCUUGUAUUGGUAACCAAAGUGGAACGUGAAGGACGUGUAAACGAGAGUGCUGCUUUUUUUCAUUAAUUGUAUCCUCACCUGCAUGAAGACCCCAUGAUUAUUAAUCACAUAUUGAUCAUGUAGAAAAAUGCACAACACACUCCUGUAUAUUUUGCUAUGGCCCACGUGCAGUGGUGAUGUUUUGCGUGUAUAUUUACUCUCAUGCUUCCAUGUAUUAUACAUUUAGUAAUCAAGGAUUUGUGACCACAUUUCAUGAAAAGCUUGUAAUUAAUUCAGUGGCUGGCAUAUCCAGUUUGUCAUUGUCACACUAGUGUGCCUUCUGUGCCAAUUCUAUGACAGUUGGAUGUCACUUAUUUAAAAUUUGGUUUAAAUGGGCAAAUGAUAUACCGAUGGCUAAUGUUCUUUUCUGAAACACUGUAUAGGACGUGCACUUACUUAGUUUAAACUGAGUGUUCUAGUCAACAUUUAAUCCUGUUUCAUUAAGUGUUUGACAGUACUUGCUUUCUCUCAGAUUAUUGAUAAAGGGUGCUCACUUAGAGCUGGACACUACUGCUUUGGGGGUUUUCUGGUUUUUACUUUUUUAAUGUAAGUCUAAGUCUUUGUAAUUAUUGAAUUGUGAGAACAUUUUUGAACAAUUUACCUGUCAAUAAAUUGGAAGAGGGAGGUUUUAAAGUUCAUACUGGUCUGUCUUGACAUGUGCAAAUGCUUUUACCAGGUUCAUUUCAUAAUAAACUCACCGUGUUUAGUCAAAGUGUU